AAAAAAACCUUGCGCUUCUUUCCGCAAUUACAAACACAAAAGAAUCUUCGGGUGCUUAGCCUGCAAAGCGAAUCACAACGACGACAACAACUUUUUUGAUUGUUUUUAUUUCCCUUGUUAUAACAACAACCUGACAUCUUUUUGGAACUUUUUGUUCGCAAAAGCAAAUUAUCAUCCAUAGUAUUUUUUAAUACGUAGUAGUAGUACAAUAAUUGAAAUCACUUUGAAAAUGCAAUUGUUUAGAGAUUUUAGUUUUUUGAAUUCUCCGCAUACAAAUAAUAAGAAAUCUACUCAGGUUUCUUGUUACACUAAAGACACUUGUGGUGUUAAGGAGAACUUGUACUUCUUCAGUCAUGAUGACGGUAGAGGGCCUAUUCGCUAUUUUUGAUGUGGCUCUUUUUACCUUGAAGGAAAUGGAUUUCCACUAUCGUCCUCUUGCUAUGGACGACUCUAACCUCGACUCUCUCCAAUAUUCUCUCACUCAACAACUCGACCAAUCUAUGAAUUUCCUUUCCAAUACUACAUUCAAAAAUACCCAAAAACUUUCACCAAAAUCUGUAAUGUUUGUUUAUACUAUUGGUGAUGAAUUACCAGAUUAUGACGAUGCUUCAUCAGAAUCAUCAUUGGAAUCUGACUCAAGUGAUGCUAAUAUUAGAACUGGAUUUACUGGUAUUAUCGACUUUGAAAAGAACGAAAUGACAAUUUAUCCACCUUCUAAUUCUUCAUGCAUGAAUAAGGAUUCUGUUAUUAAUCUUAUGGACAUGGCUGAUUGCCUCGGUAUUUCAACUUUGUACAUGUGUAUUGAAAAGAACCAUCAAGAAAUUAGAGAGUUUUCUCGUGGUUUCAUUUAUGCUGGUUUCGAAUUGAUACAACCAAAGAUUAAGCAAUUGUCUUCAACUGAAUGGGUUGUUUUUGGUGCUGAAUUGUAAAAAGAUUUUUUCGGAAUUGGAAAGAUUUUUGUAAAUAUUUAAUUGGUCAGAGAGAAGGAAACGAAUUCAAUCUACACGAUAUCUUAUAGAACUUGCAAACCAAAACUUUGGAUGACGGAUUGAGCAUUGUAAACUUGAAUAACGUCGGUUGUUUGGGUUUUGUUCUUUGUUCACAUAAUCUUGAUAGUGGAGUUGUUGGAAUGCAAUCUUUCUAUUUUAGAGGAUGACUGAAGAUUGUCUUUGAACCCUUUUCUCAUUUUAAUAAAGAGAGAGUUCGAAUAAU